UUAUUUAUGCAUCAAAUAGGUUGGUUGGUUUGGCACAGCAAGGGGAACGUAAUGUCCCACUAAUAGCCCAUCGACCUAUAAUAUUAUGCCUGUUCACCUGCAUCUACUGGACUUGGGACCCACCACACGAGGGCUCAUUGGACCAAACCAAGCCUGGUUGUUUCUCUUUCUGUUUUCUGCUUCAUCUCCCGUAUCCUUAAAAUAAGGGAAUAAAAACUUGGAGGGUUGGGUCUUUUCUUUUCCAUCCUAUUCCUCCUGAGUGAGUGAGAGAGUGCUUCCGAUCACCUAUUGCACUGAACCGAGUUGAGCACACGACGCUUUUUUCUUUUCAGAUUUGUUUCAUCUAUUGAACGGGUGUCGUGGUAAUCGCUGAAUACGUGCGCACGGUAGACUACGCUUGCAAACAACAACGACAGCAACAGCAGGAACAAAGAGAAGUAGAAGAAUAAGGCUAGAUCAUGGCUGCGAUUUCUCGAGGGGCUGAAGAGGAGCAGGGUGCGUCCCUAAAAGAACUCCUGCUCGAAUCCGCCCGGCGAAAUAAUACCGACCUCCUCGAAGAAGUUAUUUCAGAGGGCGCUUCCGGUCUCGCUGAUCUGUUAAAUAAUACCCGAGACGGGGUUGGUAAUACUGCUGUUCAUCUUGCGGCGAAAAAUGGCUCUCUGGAAGUACUGGACUUGCUCCUCGACCAAGAAGGCCUAGAAGUCGACCCACUGGACAGAAUGGAGAAGGAAACUCCUCUUCAUAAGGCUGUUUUAUACGCAAAAUCUCGGGAGGAGGGUGGAUUGGAGGUGGUGGAGAUGCUGAUCGAUGCUGGGGCUGAUCCUAGGAUACGGAACAAAGCCAAGCAAAGACCUGUAGAUAUUGUCGACCCAAGAGAUACCGAGCUACGCGUUGUGCUGCAGAAAGCGGAGUACCUCAUGACGGCUGGGGGUGAUAUUGUGCCCGAGUCAGAUGACGAGGGUGAUGGAGGGAGUGCUUCAGAUUCGGAGUGAGGCGCUAUGGGGAAUUGUGGUGUUUGAACGCUUGGGUGUUGGGGGUUAACCUGCAGUGCCCUUUCUCUAUCUUGUUGACUGGGUGGAAUGGACAUGAGCGAGGGGGAAAGAGGGGAGAGGGGGUGAAGUAAAUGAUAUGAAUAUAUGGAAUACGAGUUGUUUGGUGUUGUUUUGUUGCUUUGGGCAUAUACGGGGAUGCUUUGAAGGCUUCCCUUGCGGGCUGAGGCCUCCCAGAGGAAAGAAGGGUGAGGGCUGGUCAGUUGGCCAUGGGGUAUCACCUGGGAUCUCGUUCCCUCGGUGGGAUGGGGUGGUUUAGAAUUGAAUUUAUUAUACCCCGA